AUGGCUCCAAGCAAGAAUUCGGAGUCAGAGGAGAAGAUCAAGCAGACGAUGAAGAAACUCGCAGUACUGGCCGAAGACCCGCGUUGCAAAUGUGAGAGCGGAGAGAAGAAGGUCUUUCUUCAACAAGUCACCAAUCCUAAAGAUCGGAACGACACCGCCUACGUCUUCAAGCACCGCCAGUAUGCACUUGCACGUGUCAAUAAGACCUCCGGAGUAGUGCUCAACAAGCAGGAGAUUUACGGCGAGAUACGCACUGUCUUGACUGCAGGUGGAGAAGGGGAAUUGGCCGCUUUUGAUCUCUUCAGCAAGAGCGAGCUUGAUACCCUCGGCGAGUUGCUACCAUACAUUAAGAAUGAUGUAGCAGUCCUGGAUCUGGCGAGAGAUUCCUGA